CACCACUAGAGGUCACCCGCUCACCACAUGGACUUUCACACCACACAUCACAUGGACUGCAUUUCCCAUCAGCCAUCUCACCAAUCACACGCACACAGCUGUCACCAAUCACUCAUUGCACUAAUCACACGCACACCUGAUCAGACAGCAUCACUAAUCACACACACUAUUUCAACCCUGGACAUUCUCUCCCUCGUUGCCGAGUAUUGUACGCAUUAUUGCUGCCCUACAGAGCCCUAUUAGUUUUCCUAGCCUAGCCUAGCCUAGCCUAGCCUUGCCUAGCCUUUGUUGGAUUGUGUUUUCCCCUGCCUGGACUAUCGCUCACGUUUCGGUUUACCUCUCCUGUCUCGCCCCUGUGGAUACUGUUUGCCGAUCGCCGACCCACGCUUGUCUCUGGUUACUCUUUGUCUCAUCCCUGUUAUACCUGUUUGCCACUGUUUGACCCUGCCUGUUAUGACCACGUCUCUUGCCAAUAAAAGUCUGCAAAUGGAUCCGUACGCCUCUCGUCUCGUCAGCCCCGUAACAGAAUACUCGGCCACACAAGGAUCCAGCAGCUUUUCAAACAGACAUUGGCCAGGUAUGGACACAACAAAAAUAUUAUUUGGCAUUAAACAGGGUCCACGAUCACUGGAAAACCAUAUGCGAGAAUUUUUAGCCAUCGCUCACUAUUCAGAAUUACCAGACAUUAUUUUAAUAGAGAUUUUCUGCGAUGGCAUAAAUCCACCUCUCAAGUCUAAGCUUAGACUCGAGGGUCCGCGUUCGUCACUCAGUCAGUUCUUGGACUAUGCUCUGUUGUCAGUCGGUUCCUCCUUCACCGUGGGUGUCGCGGAAGAGGAACGUGAUACCGCGUCUAUGACGGUAAUGGCGGACGCAGCAGAGCCCGUUCACAAAAUGGCGGCCACAACAACACCCCAUCAUGUCAUUGCUGCCAUUCAAGAGCCAAGUCAAGUCAAAGUUAAUGCCAAAGAGCUAUGUCAAGUCACCGUUGAUCGUCACGAGUCAAGCCAAGUCAAAGCUGAUCUUUACGAGUCAAGCCAAGUCAAAGCUGAUCUUCACCAGUCAAGACAAGUCACAGCUGAUCUUCACAAGCUAAGUCAAGUCACCGUUGAUCGUCACGAAUCAGGCCAAGUCACAGCUGAUCUUCACAAGCUAAGUCAAGUCACAGUUGCUGUUAAAGAGCCCAGUCAAGUCACAGUUGGUCGUCAUCAACCGAGUCACGUCUCAACUGAUCUCCCAGAAUCUUGCCCCGUCUCAGCUGUCCGUCCAGAGUUACAGCAGCACGUCACGGCUGCUUGUUCAGAGUCACAGCAGCACGUCACGGCUGCUCGUCCAGAGUCACAGCAGCACGUCACGGCUGAUCUCCUAAAGUCAAGUCACAUCACAGUUGCUCGUCCAGAGUCUCGCCAGACCUCCGCUGACCGUCCAGAGUCACGUCCCGUCUCCGCUGACCGUCCAGAGUCACGUCAGCACGUCUCCGCUGACCGUCCAGAGUCACGUCAGCACGUCUCCGCUGACCGUCCAGAGUCACGUCAGCACGUCUCCGCUGACCGUCCAGAGUCACGUCAGCACGUCUCCGCUGACCGUCCAGAGUCACGUCAGCACGUCUCCACUGACCUUCCAGAGUCGGGUCACGUCCGGGCUGACACACCCAGAUCAUCAAGGUCCGUCUUUCAUUAUCCCAGUCUGAUAUCCAGUGUGAGGGAUUCACCGCUGGUGUCUGCACACACAGCUGGUAUCCCCAAACUCACUCACUCUAACCCUCCUGUUCCUGAACUGAUUCCCCUGUCUGAAACGCUUCCCCUGAUGGAUCGCAUUUUGGUGUGUUUGGGCUGCAUACACCACCACAGAACUCCCAGAGGUGACGGCGUCCACUAUGAUGUCUCUAGAGGUGGCGGCUGAUGCUGCAGAACCUCCUGAGGUAGUGGCGCUCACUGCCGUGUUCCCUGAAGUGAUGGUACCCGCUGCAGUUUCUCCAGAGGUGGCGGUACAUGCUGCAGAACCUCCCGAAGCGGCGGUGCUCACUUCAGCUCCUCGUAUGGUGGUGGCGCCCAGCAAUGAACUCUCAGCCUGUUGUGUUACGGUCAAAGAAACCAUUACUGAACUCUCCCUGUGUCCUGUGUUUACCACUGUAGAACCUCCAGAGGUGGCGGCAACCGCCGCAGAACCUCCAGAGGUGUCAGCGGUAUCAGCCAAUGAACUCUCAUUCUGUCCUGUCACGGCUAUGGAGGCCAUCAAUGAACUCUCGUUCUGUCCUGUCCCUGCUAUGGAAACGAACUAUGAACUUCCUGUGUUCCCUACCCCAGUCCUUGUGUCUGUGCAUGUUCUGUCUCCUCCUUGUGUCUUUGUUCUCCAUAGGUCCCAGGCUCUGCUGUGGGUUCCUGACCCGUCGUGGUGGGCUCCUGCUCUAUCUGCUCCACCUGUUCUAUCUGCGCCGCUGUGGUGGUUGAAGUGUCGUCCACCGCAAUUCAAAGAACAAGACGCAGUGCCAGAGUUUGAUUCCAGAGAUUCUCUGGGCACCCCUAGUAUCCCUGAUUUGGUCCCUCCACGGAUUAACAGGGCCCUCUCCUGUACCUCGAAUGGACUGCUGCCAACCUUCUCCUCUGCCCCCUUGAGGGUACUGCUGGUAUGACAAAGUGGGACAAUUAUAUCGGAUAUGUCCUGGCUGAUUGAACAUUAUGAAGCUGCAG